AUGACACCCUUGAUAUACGUUUGUGCCAGCAACAUCGGCCUCUUUGAGUCUGCCGAUGCUGGCAACCAGAAGUCAGUGUUGGACCUGCGCACCAAGGAGCCCUUUCCUCUUCAAGAUUACAGUUCAAUGAAGCACGGCGAUAGUGAAUGCACUCGUAGAUUUGCUGUGAUGGCGGCAAAGGCGAUUCUCCGGGAAGUCCCGGAGGUCGCGUUUGCCGAUAGCCCUCCUCGCUUCGUAGUUUGCUUCAGAGGCCUCCCAAUCGCCAGCACGUACCUCUCUUCCUACACUGUCGAGGAGAUCAACAAAGCGCGGAGAGGCAAGGGGGUGACAGGCGAUGCUGAUUUGCUCGUGGUGGACCGAAGCAGCGCCAACUUCGGGAAAGACUAUGCUACCCGCAGCCUUACUGAAAGGGAGGCUACCCACAAGGCCAUGACGUACACAGUUGCCGAGGAGGCUGUCUUUCAACGGAACUUGAUAUUCCUCGAUGAUGUUCGCAUCACAGGCGCUACCGACCGCGCCAUCGAGAGGAUGUUGCUGCCGAUGCGACCUAAGUGCCUGGUCAUCGCCCACAUUGCUGUGUUCGAUCAAGAUCAGGCCCUGAGCAACCCUGCUGUCGAGUCGAUGCUCAACUCUUCUGUAAUCAACGGCGUGGAGGACAUCGCCACCUUGGUCGAGUCAGGGCGUUUCGACCUCGGUGGCCGUGCUCUGAGGAUGGUGCUUCAAGAUCCUGAGGCUCUGACAGCCUGCCUGUCUCGCUUCCCCCUGGUAUGGUUGAGAAGGUUCAUUGCUGCCGCCGACUUGAUAGGCGAGGAGUUCACGGAACAGUUCAGAGAGGGGCUACAAGUGUUGAGAGCAGCGAUCAAGAGAAGGGAGGGCCACUACGAAGCGAGCCAAACUGGAGCAUUUCAGCCCUCCGCAGCGAUCAUGCUAGGACGUACGAAUCUACAGGGUCAGUCCGUUCUGCAGGGAACAGUAUGUACCGAGAUUUGA